AAGGCGCCCGCAUACCUGCUUGCCUCCUUGCGAUGCCGCGGCAGCGCAGCUACAGGUAGUAUAGCGGAGAGACCAAGCGCGAGCGCGCGAGACACCGGUUCCUCUCCACGCCAGUUGUUGUUUAUACUCGUCGCCGCCAGCGCCGUGCGGCGAAGAUGAUUCUCCUGCAGUUUUGAGUCGGUUUUUUUUUAAUUUAAAAGUAUCACAGUUGACGGUGUGCAGUGCGCAUCAGGGGGACAGUGGGUGACUCCGGUGACGAUCAUGACGAGGUGAUACCGAUCUCGGAGAGGGCGAGAGAUCUUUGCUUGCUGCUGGUCGAUUGAAAGGCGCGAGGAUGAAGAAACCGACGAUCAAAAUGCCCGAGCUCCUGAAUCUCGCGCUGCUGGCGAUGAGCCUGUUACCGAUCGCCAGGCCUCAGGUGAUAAAUCGGGCGCCACAUUUCAUAUCCGGCGGUGACAUGGCUCGACUGGCCGUGUCGGAAGGAACUCAACCCGGGGCGCCUGUCUACACUUUACAGGCCGAGGAUCCGGAGGGCUCGAGACUGCACUACUCCAUCAGCGGCGAACACUUCACCGUCGAUCGCGAGACCGGCGUCGUCGUCCUCAGGAAGGCACUGGAUCGCGAAGCGCAGGAUCUUAUCGAAGUCAUCAUUAGCAUAACCGACGAGGGCAUAGCGGGUUCCGAGCCAAAUACAGUCUCGCUGCGCCGUGAGAUAGCGGUCCUCGACGAAAACGACAACGCACCCGUGUACCACGGCCGUCCGUACGCUGCCCGCGUACCCGAGAGCGCCAGGGUUGGAGGACUCCUGCUACCACCCGGUACCAUCACCGUCACGGACAGGGAUGGCGGUACCAAUGCUGACGUCAGGGUCAAGUGUGUACCGGCGAGUCGGGACGAUGACUCCUGUCGCGUAUUCGACGUUGCUACUGAGAAGUUGGCGGAAGGAAAGUACGACGUGCAAAUUACCUUAACGGAAGCCCUCGAUUACGAAAGAAGAAACUCGUACCUGAUUAAUUUGGUGGCGAUCGACGGAGCCAGCGAUCCGCUUAAAAGGCUGCAAGCCAAAGCUACCGUAGCGGUUGACGUCCUCGACGUUCAGGAUCAGCCACCCAGCUUCAUCAAUGCGCCUUACAGCGCAGCCCUACCGGAGAACAGUGAGGCAGACGUGACUGUUCUGACGGUUCGAGCCCGAGAUGGUGACACUGGUCAACCCAGACCGUUAUUGCUGAACCUCGAGAACGAAGACAUGGGCUACUUUAGACUGGAGGUGUCUCAGCAGGGUGAUCUGACCCUGGGUCGACUGAUCACCACGAAUGUGUCGUUGGAUAGGGAGGAUCCCAGUAUUUUGCAAAACGGCGGGAUAUAUACCUUCGAAGUAAGGGCUACCGAGUUGAUAAAUAACGAGAUACCCGCUGACACGGCUACCUCGAUGGUGACGAUCGUCGUCACCGACGUGGACGACAUGGUCCCGCAGUUCAACGAAGAGAUGUUCAACUUGAAGAUCUCCGAGGAUAUCGGCACCGAUACUCCUUUGCCUGGACUGAAUAUGCUGGUAACUGACGACGACGUCGGCGAAAAUGCAAAAUACCAGCUAGCUCUGAGAGAUGCGCCAGAUUACCCGGGCAUAAGUGCAGCGUUCGUCAUUAGUCCGGAAGAAGGCCAAGGACGGGUGCCGAUCGUCAUUAGGGCGAAAGACGAGAGUGUCUUGGACUACGACAUGCCUGGAAACAGGGAAUUAGAGUUCGAAGUGACUGCUUCUGUUAACAACGAAGUGGUGGCUUAUUCCACGGUGCACAUCGAGCUCGUUGACGCUAACGACCACAGCCCCGAAUUUUCCCAGGCGCUGUACAAGCUCUCGGUUCCGGAGAACGCGGAGAUCGGCCGCAAGUUCGGCGACGUUCGAGCAACCGACGCAGACAGCGGUGCCUUCGGCGAACUUACCUAUGUUCUUCGCGGUUUCGGCGCUGACAAGUUCCGCACUGACUCCAAGAGCGGAGGUGUCUACGUGGCAAGGCCGCUAGAUUACGAGACUCAAAAAUCGUACUCGUUGACGAUGGAAGCUAGAGACGGCGGUGGAAAAAUCUCGACGGUGAACGUGCUCGUCGAGCUGGAGGACGUGAACGACAACGCACCCGUGUUCGAGCAGAAAGAGUACUCGAGAAUCGUGAGAGAGAGAGCGACGAGUUUUGAUCCCCAGAUGUUCGUCAGAGCGACGGACGCUGAUGGACCCGAGCAGGGCGAUGGCAGGAUCACAUAUUCCAUCAGCGAGCACAAUAGCAUGAAUGAUAACGUGUUCAAGAUUCAUCCUGAUACUGGUGAACUUACGAUCACCCGUCCAGCUCGCUCGGGCGAUACAGAGCGUGGCAUUUACGAGUUGACGAUCCGAGCAACGGACUACGGAUCACCAGCCAAGUUUGCGGAGGCCAAAAUAUACGUCCGCGUGGGAGUCCCAGGGAACCAGAAACCGAUUUUCCGGGGUAACUUCAAGUCGAAUCAGCCAGGACCACACGCCUAUAGAGCUCGAAUUCUGGAGAACGCGGCACCUGGUACCGAGGUCAUAAGAGUCACUGCUAACGACCCCGAUGGUCGGGAUAAUCUGCUGCAGUACCAGAUCAGAUCUGGAGCAAAGGAUAACUUUGUGAUCAACAGUGGUUCUGGAGUUAUCACGGUUUCGCCUGACGCGAGGUUGGAUUUGGAAACUGGUGGUGACAAGUACGAGGUUAUAGUUUAUGCUAUUGACUCUGGUACGCCGAUAAGAGAGACUGCGACGACCACGGUGACAGUGACGAUCAUCGAUGUGAACAACAAGCCGCCAGUGUUCCCGAAUUCGACCUACAUGGUCUACGUUUCUGAAAGAGCCUCCAUUGGUGAAGUCGUUUUAAAGGCGACAGCAGUGGACUCGGACACCGACGCGGACAUCGAAUACUCGAUCGUCGAGCCUAUCACGGCUGUCGACAAGACUGGUGUAGCUCUUAAGAACAACGUUUACGAUUAUAAAACCGCUUUCCGAAUAAACAAGACGACUGGUGCCAUAUCCGUGACUCGAGCCUUGGAUUACCAAACCGUUGCAGUAAUAAUUCUCACUGUCGAAGCUCGCGAUAAGAACGCUGUCGCCGAUAAAGAGAAACAAGUCGCACGAGCCGAGGUGACAGUGUACGUGCAAGCCUACAGCGAUGACAAUCCGACGUUCACCAAUGCUGGCUGGUCAGCUAACAAUCCGACGAUCAAGGUAACGGUGCCCGAGGAACAACCUCUCGGCACCACCUUGCUGAUGUUGACAGCGAAAGAGCCGCAGACUGGUUAUGCUAUACAGAGGUUCGAGCUAGUAAGGGACGACGACGACGAGGGAUACGUCAAUGUUGGUGUGCAAAGCGGUAAUGUCGUUCUCAGCAAGAGGCUGGACUAUGAGUCCUUAGAUGAGAAGUUAAUUCGAUUCAAAGUCAGGGCUCUCACGAGGGAUUACGAGAUCACUCGAAGAAUGUCAGAAGCUAACGUGAUAGUGAGCGUUCAAGACAUCAACGAUAACAGUCCAGUGUUCACCCAGAAAGACUACAAAAUUGCAGUAUUAGAAUCCGAUAAGCCUUCGAAAGUGAUACUAACGGUUAAAGCAACAGACGUGGAUAGCGCGAAUUCGGAAUUAGAAAUAAAGCGAGGGUACGGAGUGGUCAGGUACUCCAUCACCGGAGAAAAUGCCAACUUGUUUGAAAUCGAACCUAUCAACGGAAACAUUCGCAUCGCACCAAAUACAACUCUGGACAGAGAAAGGCAAUCGGUUUUGCGAAUGUACGCAAUCGCAUCCGACAUGCCCGAAGGAGGAGCUGAGCAGAGGACGGCAAGAGCAUUGGUGACUGUCGAUGUUCUCGACGUGAAUGAUAACGCUCCGAUGUUUCCGCAAGAUUCCUACACCGCUGUCAUCCCGGAGAACGCGCCGACCGGUAUCAGCGUUGUAAAUAUUACUGCCAGCGAUCCCGACGAAGGUCCCGGUGGUGUCAUUAUCUUUGAUAUCAUCGAUGAGGGCGAAGCAAGCGGCUUGUUCAAGAUCAACCAAACUACGGGAGAGAUAAUGUCGAAUCGCGAGCUGACCGGUAAAGGUCGAACGGAGCCAUACUACAUGCGCAUCCGCGCACAAGACUCCGGCGAUCCAGUUCUAUACUCUGAUAUCAAGCUGACCCUCUACAUCGGAGACGUAGUCAGCAAUGACGGAGUGCCUCUUUUCAUCAGACCUACUCUCGAUGAGGUAGCACAAAUCUCUGAGAACUCGACGAUCGGCAGUCCCGUUUUCCAGGUCGUCGCCUCUGAUCCGGACGACCCGAACCUCCCUAACGGUAAAAUCACCUUCAAGUUUCUGGAAGAUGGCAACUUUGGCUACGACGCCAGCGCCUUCAUGAUCAAUCAAGAGACUGGCCUCAUCACCACCAAGAACCUUCUCGAUCGUGAGACCACGGAUAGCUACACCCUGAUCCUGGUAGCACAAGAUCUUGGCGAACCACCGCAGCAGGCUACGAGGAUUCUGCAGGUCAAGGUCCUAGAUAUCGACGAUCACAAGCCACACUUCAAGCGUAGCUACUACAGCCCGCCACUCGAGUUCAAUGUGAAGGAAGAGGUACCGGUCGGUACGAAGAUCGGUACACUGCAGGCGAUCGACGAGGAUAUCGGAGAGAACGGCAUGAUCGAUUACGCUAUUACCUACGGCAACGAAGCUGGUCUUUUUGCCGUCGAGCGACUGAGCAACAACAGCGCCGUCAUCAAGUCCACCAAGAGAUUAGACAGGGAGGAGGCAGAGAAGCAUCUGUUGACGAUCAAAUGCUUCAAGUACUCUACGGGUUACUCGGACACUGUACCUAAGCCGUACAACAGGCAAGACCCUACGGAACGACAGGUACUGAUCAGGAUCGUGGACAUCGACGAUAACCGACUGAGGUUCAAGAAGGAAAACUUCACGAUAGGUGUCAGACUGAACGUCCCCAUCGACACUAGUCUAAUAACUCUGGAAGCUCAGGACGUCGACUCCGAUGCUCUGCCCAUAAACUACAACAUGGGUGAAGUGUCCUUCGUUUCCCUGGUCGAUCACUCGAUGUCAAAGCGCUCGAUACCGCCGCCGAUCGCUCUGAACCCCAAGACAGGCGAGAUCAGAACGUCGGGCUCGCUAACCAGUUACUCCGAUGGCUACAUGGAGGUUCCCAUCUCGGCCAACAAUUCUCUCGUCCCCGGCCGCGAGACCAAUGUCACACUUCGAAUAUUCCUGCUGCGCGAUCGCGACAUGCUCAAGUUCGUGUUCUCCAAACCUCCCACGGAGGUGCGAAAGAAACUGGAAAACUUUGAACGAGCCGUGCAACAGGCUCUCCUUCUUCCCGUCUCCGUCAACGUUUACGACACGCAGUUUUACGCGAAGGAGGACAACUCCCUGGAUUUCUCCUCGACGAGCUCCUGCUUCCAGAUGGUCGGUCGGGAGUCCUACAGUCUUCACGAGAUGAAGGCCCUGCUUACCGAUCCGAAGAACGACGAGCUCAAGAGGGUCUACAAGGACUUCCACGUGGAGAAGGUGCAGAACUGCGCGGCGACCGUCGCCAGAGCCGACGCCUCCGUCACGCAGAUGUGGGUCCUGGCGAUCGCAACUCUCGUCGGCGUUGCCGCCAUAGCCGCCAGCUGUACCAUUUGCUGCAUGCACUCGAAGUACAAAAAGCAGGCGAGGCACGCGCGGCUGCGCGAUCAGCCGCGGCCGACGCUGAGCUACGUGUCCUCGGGGCCGGGGAUGAUCAGCUCGGGAUCUCACACGACGCUGGGACCGGGUACCAUGGUCUCGAUCGGACCGCCUCAUCACGAGGGCCCCUACGAGUGGGGCAACACGACCCUCUACCAUCCCAGCACGCUAUCGAGAUCGUAGGAGCGAGUUCUUCGCGAGCGAUGACAACGAACGCUAAAGUGCCAACUCGGGAAGCAGAUGAGAGUACGCGCCGAUUCGCGCCUCGAUACAGACUGUUCACUGGCGAAUAAGCAUGGUGCUAGUGUGGAAAAAAGUUACUAGGAGUUUACACGGUGAAGAUUGUGGAAUAAGAGGUGUAUAUUUAUUACAUGUAUAAAUAACUAAUUUUACGAGGACGAUUAUAUCGAUCGUAGUGCCGUUGGAUCGUAUUAGACGUCUUCCGACUAACUGUAUUGUAGUAGUUCGACGAGGAUGAUGCGUCAGUCACGUGUAUAAAAGGAUAAAUCAAAAGUACGAAGGAAUGUACUAUAUUAUUAUUAUUUUUUAUUUGUGAAAUACAAAAGUUUUAUUAUUA